GUACACAAGAAGGCAGCACCUUGUUGAUGUGACAGAGAUUUUUAAUCUGCUUAACUGGGAAAAGAAACAGAGGCUUUUCAAACUUGGCUAUAUCAUCCUUCUCCUCUUCGUAUCAUUAUUUUGGUUGAUUUACAGCGCUUUGGAAGAUGAUGAAGAGUCUCUAUAGGUUCUCUGGUCUGAGCCAAAGCAUACGUCCCCGGAGCUGCUGCGCUUGCUCAUUUAUAUUGCUUGUUCUAGUUCCUUAUUCUUGAAAGUUCAGGGUCUAGAGAUAGCAGGUUUGAUUGCAGAUUCUGGUGUACAUGAUUGGAAGCCCUCCCGUCCCCCUCUUUAUUCAAUUUUCGAGCAACCACAGGUUUUUCAGGCUCUAUAUAUGUACUGCAGGGUGUGAUUUUGAGUGACAUAGUACCUUCACCAAAACUAAAAUCCCACUAUGCUGCAUUUGAACAUUGUCUUCUGUAAGCUUAUGCUGUCCAUUUGUUUUCGAUCUUCAUUUACAUGACAUUGCUAAUUAAGGAUGCUAUUAGUUGAUGCAAGAUCUUUUUCUUUAUCCCUGAUAUACUUUGUCUUGUGAUGUUGAACAAAUUUUGUUAACUAUUGACUUCAGGAAAUAUACAAAUUUUCCCAGUA